AUGCGCAAUCGCGCAAAGCUCCUCUACAAGCUUUGCAAAGAUCUUCACUAGCGCCACUCGUGUAUUUUUUAUAUAGUACUAUUAUGCGCAAAGUUAGUGCAGAAAGUGGACUCGGCUUAAAGCUGUCACUGUAUUUUGCAUGUUAUAUUGUAUGCAUCGAUGGAAAUAACAUAUGAAUAGAAAUGUUAUGACUUCUACAAAUGGACUUAUCACUCUCGCGUGCUAAUUCUUAACAAUGAAUACAAUGCUCUGACAUAAUCUCAGUAGUUGAAAGACAGGAAAAAAAAAAUGUCUUAAUAAAUAAUAUAAAUAGGGUGAUGUGUAACUAAAUAUUAAAAAGAAAAAAAUACUAAAUAAGUUCUCAAAUGACCAUAUUUAAAUCACUUAAUGCUCCUGUUGCUGCAUCGAAAAAUGAUUUUAAAAGAGCGACCUAUUCGAAUCACAUAUUUACUUCUAAAUAUAAUUAUUUCAUUUGAUUUCUUCUCAUAAAAGUUAACGAAAGGAGAAUUUUAAAAAUCUGUAACCUUGUGGGCACGUGCGAUAAAUAAAUCUGUUAUGACAUAAAUAACCAUGACCUUUACUUUAAUAUAACUUCAUCUGGGAUUAAAACCAUUUAACAAGGUAGAAAUCACGUGGCAAACGUUAAAUAAAUACAUCAUUUUACGCGCAUGUUUUACUGCAUUGGAAUUGACUUAGACUGCUGACAGCAAUGGAGCCCGACUAUAUGAUAGCAGUGGCAAUUUUACUAGCUGUUGCCAACGUCUGUCAUGCAGAAUGUCAAACACGCUCAGUUUACUGUUAUGAAUGUGAUUCAUGGACGGAUCUCAGAUGCAAGGAUCCUUUCAAUUAUACUGCACUACCCAAAGAUCAACCACCGCUCAUGACUUGCAAUGGGUGUUGUGUUAAAAUGGUCCGCAAUGCCAAAUCACCUUAUGAAAGUGUUCGAAGAACGUGUACAUCACAAUUACAAAUAAAUUUAUUCAUGGUGGACCACGUGUGCAUGAUGGAAAGUACCGGCACUGGUCACAUGUGCUUCUGUGAGGAAGAUAUGUGCAAUAGGGUAUCUCAUUCCUCAAGCUCAAAUAACAUUCUCCUGAUCCUAUCUACUUUAUUUCCAAUCCUUAGUUCGCUCCUAGGAGCUCAGGCUUGCUUAGUAGGUCGCUGUGAUUAUCACCACUAUCUACAUUAUUUGUUCUUAUAUCCUGUAGAGGCCCUGAAAAAUUUUAGAAUACACUUGGAUUGUUUCAUCGUGAAACAAUCGAAUGGCAUUCCAACAUUUUUCAAACACUUUUAAUCUAUUUACUAUAUACUUUAUCAUAAUUUCAACAUAAACUUUAAUUUUAAAACUAAAAAAAUUAAUUAAUAUUUUUCAAAAUUUACAACUCAAUGGUUAAAGUAUUUUUAAGAAAGUAUUAAAAAUGGCUGUUUUAGUAAAUAUUAAAAAUUUUAAUUCGUGUUUAACACAGGGAUCGAAGCUUGACAAUAGAAGAUUUUUAAACAUAGAAUAUUUUUAUUUAGAAUUCAAUAUCGUCUAUAAUAAUCAGUAAAAAAAUAUCAUAGUUAUUAGAAAAUUAAAAAUUUUAAAUAAUUAUUUAUUGAUAGUUAUUAAGGAUAGUUAAAAAUUUUAAAUCAACUAUUAUCGUAGCUUAUUUUUUAAAAUGAAUUUUAUAAAUUUUUUAGACAUACAUAUAUCAACAUACUAUUUUUUUUUAUAUAUUAUUUAUGAGUAGGAUCCACAUAUAUACUCUUGACUUUUUCUCUGUCCUAAUUCCUUUGGUUAAAUUUCGAACAAAAAAAAACUAAAUUAGAUAAUGCAUAGAUAGCGUCCUCACGGCGUGUUUACAGCAUGUCCACCAAUUAGCUGUGUUACAAUGAAACAUACCAACUGGAAAUUAUAUACUUAUAUUAAAAUAUUUUAAGUAGAACAAGAUAAAAAUGUAAUAAUUUACAUUGACAUUCAAAUUUUUAAUCAAAUUAAAACAAUAAAUAUUUUAAAUAUUUAAAUAAUGCUCCAAUACGAUAAAUAAUUAAGAAUACAUUUCUAGUUGGAUUUUCAAAAUUUAAUUAUAACGUAGAUAGUAUAAAUAUAGAUAAAGAUAAAUAUUAAUUUGGAAUGAAAACUGAUAAAUUAUCAAUAAUGUGAAAAAUAAUCAAUUUAUUAAAUAUUUUGAUUUUUCAAAUUAUUAAUUAUGAUUAAGCAUUUUUUGAUUUAAUUGCCUUUUUUAUUUAUGCACGGAAAAAAAUAGGCGCUGCAACAGGACAAAAUCCUGUUGCAGCAACAGGAUUUUCAUGUUACAGCAACAGGACACACUCUGUGGGUGUAACAGGAUUUUUCCUGUGGAAUAGAUAAAAUAAGGAACAAGUUUAACGUACCAAUUUUUUUUCUCAGUAUAGUAAAAUUUUAAAAUUUAAAAAAAAAUUCAGUUUAGAAAAAAUUCAAAUUAAAAAAAAAAUUAAUUUUAAAAGUAGAAUUUUUUCCGAACUUAAUUUUUUUUCAAAUUUUGAAAUUUUACUAUACACUGAAAAAUUCCCAAUAAAUUUUACUAUGGGUGCAUAGUAACACCGGGCUAUAAGAAAACUGGUACAAAAUUUACUAGUGUUCCAUAGUAAACAUAUGCGCAGACUACACGAUUGUGGCCUAUGCGCAUACGUUUACUAUGGGACACUUGUAAAUUUUGUGCCAGUUUUCUUAUAGUCUGGUGUUACAAUGCACCCAUAGUAAAAUUUGUUGGGAAUUUUUCACAGUGUACUGACAAAAAAAAUUGGUACAUGAAACUUGUUCCGUAUUUUAUUGAUUUCACGAAAAAUUCUGUUGCUGCAACAGGAUUUUAUCCCGUUGCUCUCACAGGAUUUGUCCUGUUGCAGCGCCUAAUUUUUUUUUCCAUGUGUAAUUAUAUCUUCUUUUCAACUAAGUAUGACUUAUUAUUUCUCAAUGUCUUAUUUAUUAUUUAAUUAUUAUCUCACUUAUAUUAAAAAUCACUAUGCAUGUUUAAAUAUAAUACGACACUAAAUAGAUACUUUUAAACAAAUUAAAGCAACACUGAGCUUUUUCACUACACAAUAAAUUAUUAUUUUUUUAUUUUAUUUGCUAGAGCAGCAAUGCAUGAUUGCAUGAUCAAAAGUGUUUCCCAAUAUAUUAUUUUUGUAAAUAUUUAUUCCACUUUCAGUAGUAAAAGCUGUUUAUUCAAAAUAAUUAUUUGAGUAAAAAAUUUUUUUUAAAUUAAUCAAUAAUUUAAAAAAUAUUGGAUAAUUCAUUUUAUUUUAAAUUUCCUUUGCUCAUCGAAUAACUUUUUUUUAAAUUAUUUAUUAAAUUAAAUUCAUUUAUAUGUUGAAAAUAUAAGUAAUUUUAAACUAAAUACGUUUUUAGUAAACAGCAAAAAAACACCCACCUUCCACCCUAAAGUAUACUUUGUCAAAAAAAAAAUUGAACCAACGCACUACGUGGGCCUUCAGCUUAUAAAUUUUUUCCUUUAUUUCCACUUUACAAAAAUGACAUUAUGUGACAGUAAAGAAAAAAAAAUUGUAAAAUAUAAUACUGGAAUUAUUAUAAUAUAAAAGUGGGAAAUAGUGAAUAAAUUUAAGUUGAACGCUCAUGUCCUCACAGAAAGGCUUUUUAAAAGAGCCUUUUGCCAAACAAACUUUGCACGUUUUUUAAAAAUAAUAAUUUAAUUCGUGAGGUUUUUUUGGCAAGCCAUGCGGCUCGUGUCGCGUCAUUUGUUCAUUUUCGCACGCGCGUCUGCGAGGCCACUUACUAUACGUAUUUUAAUUAUUUAUUAUUUAUUGUUUUUCUUUAUUUUACUUAAAAUUAUUUUUUUUUUAAAUCUUAUUAUUUACCAAAUUAAAAAAAAUUUAACUAUUCAAAAAAAUAUUAAAAAAAAAAUUUACCACGUGUGAUUAAAGUGCCUUAGUCUAAAUGAUUACAUCCACGUGGAAAAAUUAACAACGAAUUAUUUAUUAAUUCAAACAAAAAAAAAAAAAAAAAAAAAAAAACAUCAAUUUGAAUUUAUUGUUACUAAUAAUGUAUAGUUUUUUUGGCCUCACAGUCGAAUCAUAUCCACGUGCCAUGUGAGGGGAAUGACAGUUAAAUUAUUACAAGAAAAAAAAAAAAUUUGUGUAAAAUAUUUUUUUGGAUGUUGGCUGUAGCCAAGCAAAAAGCUUUUUAUAUUAACAUUAUCUAUGUUUAAAUACAUUAUCAAAUGACCAUUAUUAUUAUUAUUGUUAUUAGUAUUAUUAGUAUUGUUAUAUAUUGACGUACGAUUAAUUAAUUACAUUAACAACAACAAUAACAAUUACAUAUAAACUCCAACGCAAAUGACCAUUCUGUAAACACGAUAUUAUUUUUUAAUCUUUAAAUUUUAAAUGUACCAUAUAAUCUAUAUGUUGCACUUACAUUCAGUGUCUGUACAUUGAAUGCACUUUGAUCUUCACAUUUACAUUAUUAUACAACUAUUUAAAUAUCAAUUAAUAAAUCUUCAUUGCAAUAUCCAUACACUUUUUAAAUUAUAAUUAUUAAUGAACUAAAAUUUAUGAAGAAAAAAAAAUAAUUAAAUUUUAUCAAUAUCAUUUUUUUUAAACUCGUGUAUAUUUUAAUUAA